GUCCGCACAAAAAAUUAAAUGUCCUUCCCAAAUCAGAUUCGGACAAUCUUCUUCUAAACUAUAAUUAUUAUUUCUCUUCCUUCUUCUUCUUCCUCUGUGCCACAGAUUCUCUCUUUUUCCUUCAUCAAAUCUACGCUUCUUUCUUUGUCUGACAAAAAAAUAUAUAUCAAAAUCAACUCUUUUUUUUUUUCUCUUGUUUAUUCCAGAAUCUGUAUACAUAACCAGAAAAAUAAAAUAAAAUAAGAGACAAGAGUGAAAAGAACAAGUUCUUCUAGAUGUUGUUGUUGUUGUUGUCUCAUGGGUUCUUCGUUUUCUGAGCUCUUCGACAUCAUAAAUCUCCACAUGCAGCUUUGAGAAUUGAGGACGAAAGGAGAAAUGGAAUCACUAAUUGAAGAAGAAGAAGAGUCUCGAUUUUUCGAUGCUCACGAAGAAAUCGCAUCUUGUUCAAGUCCUUGUAAAAUCGAAUCUCCAUCGUCGAUUUCUGGAGAAUUUCGUUACGAUGUUUGGAUCAAAAGCCCUGGUAACACUGAGGAGCGUCGUGAGAAGUUUUUGAAGUGGAUGGGUUUAAGUAGUACUGUAAACGAAUCGAAAUCAGGUAAUGUGUAUCGGUUAUCGAGCUCGGUUAACGAAUCAGCGGUUUUGAUGAGUUUGAAAUCUGAUGACGAUGAGUUUAGCUCUUCUCGUUGUGAUUCUUUUAGUCCAAGUGAGAGUGUAGAUAGAGUUGUGAAUGAGAGUUUGUGUAAAGAGGAAGGAGAAGUAGAUAGUGGUAUGGUUUUGAGGAAUUUGGGUUUUGUUGAUGAUGGUGAUAUUAGCUCUAGUCUUUGUUCUUUAUCAUCAUCUCCUGUAUCGGAUAAGAUUGUGAAGGAACAUGGUGAACCUAAGUUGUUACCAGACCCGAUGGUUGCUGAGGAGGAACGGGAAGUAAGUGGGAUUAUGAAGAGGGUUAAGGAGAAAUGGUUGAGUCGGUUGUACAAAGUGCGGAACAAGCGAAGUGCGGGAGGAGAUGAUAAUGGCGGUGAAGUUGCGGUUUGCGGGAGUAGGAUUGAGAGAGUGAAGGUGAAAGAGUAUAAAAAAGAGGCUAAGGAGCUUUCUGCUCUUUUUAAAGGUCAAGAGAUACAAGCUCAUGAAGGAGCGAUUCUCGCUAUGAAGUUUAGUCCUGAUGGGAGGUAUCUUGCGAGUGCUGGUGAAGAUGGGGUUUUGCGGGUUUGGAGUGUUGUUGAAGACGAAAGAUGUGAAGAACAUGAUGUUCCUAAGAUUGAUCCUUCUUGUAUAUACUUUGAAGUGAGUAAACUCUCUGAGUUGAGACCGGUGGCUGUAGAAAAGGAUGGGAUUACUGGUUCGUUGAUGAGUCCAAGGAAGACAACAGAGUCUGCUUGUGUUAUUAUUCCCCCAAAGAUUUUUCGGGUUCUUGAUAAACCGCUUCACGAGUUUCUCGGUCACAGUGGUGAUAUCCUUGAUAUCUCUUGGUCCAAGAACAAUCGUCUGUUGUCAGCUUCAGUAGACAAUAGUGUUCGGCUUUGGCAGAUCGGCUGUGAGGACUGUCUUGGAAUCUUCUCUCACAAUAACUACGUUACAUCCGUUCAGUUUAACCCGGUUGAUGAUGAUCACUUCAUCAGUGGUUCCAUAGAUGGAAAAGUUCGUAUCUGGUCAGCUUCACAGUGCCAAGUUGUAGAUUGGGCCGAUGCUAGAGGCAUUGUAACCGCAGUUUGUUAUCAACCUGAUGGGCAGGCAGUGAUUAUCGGAACUUUGACAAGCGAUUGUCGCUUCUACAAUGUAUCAGGCCACUGCCUUCAACUUGAUGGUCAUAUAUGUCUGCACAACAAAAAGAAGUCGUCGAAUAAACGAAUAAUCGGCUUUCAGUUUGAUUCUACUGACCCAAGCAGAGUCAUGGUGGCAUCAGCAGAUUCACAAGUGAGGAUCAUUAGUGGUCGCAACGUUGUCCACAAAUACAAAGGAUCUCGAAAUGCUGGAAACCAGAUAUCGGCAUCUUUUACAGCAGACGGGAAGCAUAUAGUCUCUGCGUGUGACGAUUCAUCGGUCUACGUCUGGAACUGCGUUGGACACGACCCUGAACAGUCGUCUCCUGGUUUUUUCUCUCACACCAAACGACUUAAAAUCCGAUCAUUCGAAAAAUUCUCUGCGGAUGUUUCAGUAGCUAUCCCGUGGUGCGGAUUUACGCCUGUACUCUCCGGCGGAUCCGAGCUAUCGCCAUCGCUCUUCUCAUUAGGGCGCGAGUACGUUCUCGAUUCUCCCAAGGGAUCUGCCACUUGGCCGGAAGAGAAGCUAGCGAGCUCGUUUUCUCCGGUGAAAGCGAUCCGUAGAUCGCAUUACAAAUUCCUCCGGUCUUCGUGCCGGAGAACGUCGGAGUCAUCUCAUCUCUGGGGAUUGGUUAUAGUCACCGGUGGUUGGGAUGGACGGAUCAAAUUGUUUCACAACUAUGGUUUGCCUGUUCCCGUUUGAAAUCCAACGAGGCUACGAAACGCUCCUUCUCAAACGUCGACGUAUAAACUCUUCUGUUUCGAAAAGUGGUGAAGUUAGAAGCCAUAGUUUUUGGAGUUUAUACGGGCCUAAGUUUGGGCCUAACACGGUGGCCCGGUGGGUCGUAGCUGAGUGUCACCAAUAUCGGAGCUAGCCUGAGCUGAAGGUUCGGAAUUGCUUCAUGGGUAGGGAAAACGAAAAGAAGAAGGGGUGACUCAGAUUUUUGCCUUUUUUAAUCGUAAAAAUUAUUAGUAUUAUACUUGUCAGUUUUUUUUUUUUCCUUCUUUUUGUAAGUAAUAAUAUAUAGGGAAAUGUAACUGAGGCCUGUGUUUUUUCGUGUAUAUACCAUGGUUUUCUCUCCAAUACUAUAUUUUUGGUACAUAAUACUGGUGUUACAAAACCUUAAAUCAUUGUGUAAAUAGUCAUAGUAUGUGGCGUUAUCAAUUAUUUUUUAAUAUAAUAUUUUUUAGAACA